CAGGAGCAAAUUGGUAGCUUUUGGGCUAGGUUGAGCCAUGUGUCAGGUGGGCGAGGAUUACGGGGGGCCGGGGCCGGCCGAGCUCCAGCCGAAGCUGCCCUGGCGCGGCUGUGAGCAGAAAUGUAUGAAGUGCAAGGAAGGUUUGCCAGUCUUAAUCAUCCGGGCUGGAGAUGCUUUCUGCAAAGACUGUUUCAAGGCAUAUUAUAUUCACAAGUUCCGAGCAAUGCUUGGAAAGAAUCGACUCAUCUUUCCAGGAGAGAAGGUUCUUCUUGCAUGGUCUGGUGGUCCCUCAUCCAGCUCAAUGAUCUGGCAAGUCCAAGAGGGUUUGAGCCGAGAAUCUGCUAAGAGGCUACGCUUUGUGCCAGGCAUUAUCUACAUUGAUGAGGGGGCAAUUUGUGGACAGAGCCCAGAAGACAGGAUGAAGACUGUGGCAGAAAUGGAGCAGAUCCUGAAGACAGUUGGUUUCCCAUAUCACCUUCUCUCAUUAGAAGAGGUAUUUAACUUGCCCACAUCAGUCUUACAGCCCAUUUCUCAGGGCCCCAGAGGGGCUGAGAAUACCUACAAGGAAGCUGUGGAUGGCUUUAUCCAGCAGCAGCAGCAGCAGCAGCAGAGACUACAGGAGGAAGGAGGCAAAGAAGCUUUCCUGUGUGAUGAGCAGAUCCAGGAGAAACUGAGAGAGCUGAGCACCCAGGACCCCGGAGCCCAAGAGACACCUGCCAGUAACGGCCUUCCCCAAGCCGCACACACUGUGGCUUUGAUGAACCUCUUCAGCUCAGUGAAGACCCUGACUGCCAAAGAAGAGCUGCUGCAGAUCCUUCGGUCCCACCUGAUCCUGCAUGUGGCUCGGACGCGAGGCUAUUCCAAGGUGAUGCUGGGUGACAGCUGCACCCGCCUGGCCAUCAAGCUCAUGACCAAUUUGGCCCUGGGGAGAGGGGCUUUCCUUGCCUGGGACACAGGUUUCUCAGAUGACCGGCACGGGGACGUGACCAUGCUUCGCCCCAUGCGAGACUACACCUUGAAGGAGAUUGCCUUUUACAACAGGAUGUUUGGAGUCCCCUCUGUCUUCACCCCAGCAAUUGACACCAAGGCUCCAGACAAGGCAAGUAUUCACCGGCUGAUGGAGAGCUUCAUCCUCAAAUUACAGGCCCAGUACCCUUCCACCAUCAGCACUGUGUACAGGACGAGUGAGAAGCUGGUGAAGGCUCCCCGGAAUGGGGAGGCCACGGCCGGCCCUGCGCCUGCCCGCUGCCUCCUGUGUGUGUGUGCUUUGGACAUAGACAGUGCAGAUAGCGCUACAGCAUUUGGGGCCCAGACCUCAGAGCAUCUGGCCCAGAAGCCUCUGCCUGGCCCAGAGCCGCCCGCAGGGGCCCCCGGCAGGCCCUGCUGCUGCUCCGGAACAGAACGGCGACAGGGAUGCUGCCAAGACACACGGCCGCCACCUGAGAGGGAGGAGCCCAGAGCCGGCUUCAUUGAGCAGCUGUGCUACAGCUGCCGGGUUAACAUGAAGGACCUGCCCUUCCUGGAGCCCCUUCCUCCCUACCUCCUGACGGAGUCACAGGGCAGGAGGCAAAGGGCCUGGGUGAAGCAGGAGAUCCAAGAAUUCUUGUUUGAGGAGAGCGAAGAGCAAACCAAAGAUGAGAUCUGCCAGGACUGAGAGCUGAAUGGACCUUCUGGACCCCCUUCCUUACCAGUACCAGCUUCAGGAAGCCUGUCUGGAACUCUGGGAGCUGCACCCCAAGGGCUUUCUGCCCCAGCCUUGACUUCCUGGCCUGACCCUAUAUGCACACACACACUUGGGGCAGCCCCAACCCUGCUCCCAACUCAGCUGCCCUGAAGCCCAGGGGAGGGGAAUGCUGGUGUCUUUGGCCUGAGCCCUGCCUGUCUUCUUGUCCAGC